GGGAGCGGGCACGCACCCCACGGGUUUCCUCGGCCCUUCUGGCCAUGCCUUGAGGGGAGGGAAGACAGCUGGCCUUUAGCCGGAAUGGCGCAAGCUUCCAUGGAGCUAACCAGAAUGGAGUUUCUGGUUACAGAGGCACCUGCGGCCUUCGGCCUGCGGCUUUUCACUACGGCAUGUCGCGCAUUGUGGGUGGCACAGAUGCCCAGCCAGGGGCCUGGCCCUGGAUCGUCAGCAUCCAGGCUCCCUUGGAAGGAGGCACGGCGCACAUCUGCGGGGGCUCCCUCAUCAGCCCACAGUGGGUCCUCACAUCAGCCCACUGCUUCAUCGAGGCCAGGAACAUCACCAUGUGGCAGGUGGUGGUAGGUGCCACCCGGCUGACCCAGCUGGGACCUGAGGCCCAGGUGCGCAACAUCAAGCAGCUGCUGGUUCACCGGCACUUCAGUAAUAUCACACGGAGGAACGACAUUGCCUUGCUGGAACUGGAGCAGCCUGUCCAGUGCAACAGCUACGUACAGCUUGCCUGCGUGCCCGAUGCCUCGCUGAGAGUCUCGGAGCUGACAGAGUGCUACGUCAGUGGCUGGGGUGCCAGGACUGCAAGAGGUGAGCUCCCAAAAUGUAGAUCGGCGUAUGUGCUGCAGGAGGCCCAGGUGCACCUCAUUGAUGCCGGGGUCUGUAACAGCAGCGGCUGGUACAGAGGGGCCAUCCACACCCACAACAUCUGUGCUGGCUAUCCGCAGGGUGGCAUCGACACCUGCCAGGGGGACAGCGGUGGGCCUCUUGUGUGCCAAGACAAGAGCGCGGACUAUGUCUGGCUUGUUGGUGUGACCAGCUGGGGGAUGGGCUGUGCGAGAGCAAAGAAGCCCGGAGUCUACACCUCCACCCAGCACUUCUACAACUGGAUCCUGGAACAGAUGGGCCUGCACACAGCAGUAGCGACUACUGCAAGGCCGCAGCCAGCCUUCACCUCCACCCCCGUUCACAGGCCAACACCAACAGAAGCAGGAAGGUUUAUACCCUGCCCACUUCCAGUGCAGAAGCUGUGGGAUUUCCUUUCUUGGCUGCAGAAGUUGGUGCAGUUCCUAAUAGGAGAAAAAGUUUGAUCACCGGGACGGAGAGGAUCCAGGGCUGGCUGCAGCGCACCACCACCAUUUCCCGCUGGGGCAAUGCCUGCUGAUGCAAAGGCAGCCUCAGUGUCAAAGGCCUGCUCUGUCCUGCCCGCGCUCCUCUCAACGGAAGAGCUCAGCUGGCUGAGUCCCUGCAAUAAAGUGUUUCAGUUCUGUGGCUAA